CAUAAAGUAUUGAUAAGUUUUUGCAUGAUUGUUCUAACUCAUAAUUCAAUGCUAGCAUGAGUUUAAAAAGACUAUAUUAUUGGUCUUUGUGAGAUCUUUCUCAUCGACAUUGACAUCAAACAAUUUGUUUCUUUUCUCCUUCUUUGUUUUUUUUUUUUUAAUUUAUUUUUUAUUUUUUAUGUAUUGCGUAUUUAAGGUCAUAGCACAUUUGCUUACUGAUUAUCGAGCACUUUGUAUUUGUUAUAAUUUGUAAAUAAUAAUUCCAUAUCACUUUGCAUAUUCUUGAUUAUUCAAAUGAUUUUCUUUUUUUUUUUUAACUUCAACUCUCACGUAAUUAAUUUUUUCUUUAAUUUAUUGAAAAAAAGAAAUUAAAAUACUAUUGUAAAUAGUUUUUUUUUUGUUAUAAAUUUUUUUUUUUGGCGAAAUUAGGAAAUAUAUUUUCUGAUUUACUAUAAGAAUCCGAGAGACCACCCAACCGGCGGCCUCACGACCGAUCGGUCAGAUAACGCAAAGUAUUAAUAUAUUUUAUUUAUCCGACUCGAUUGAUAAUCUGAAGAAUUUCAAUUUGCUAGGGCAAUCAAUUUCCUAGUUGUUAGUACCGGCUCAUGGCGACGUCAGGGCAGCAGCAGUUCCGGUACACGCAAACGCCGUCGAAGGUGCUGCACCUCCGUAACCUGCCGUGGGAGUGUAUCGAGGAAGAGCUUGUCGAACUCUGUAAACCUUUUGGAAAGAUCGUCAAUACCAAGUGCAACGUCGGUGCUAAUCACAACCAAGCCUUUGUCGAAUUUGCUGACCUUAAUCAAGCUAUUAACAUGGUAUCUUAUUAUUCUUCGUCAUCCGAGCCUGCACAAAUACGUGGAAAGACUGUUUAUAUACAGUAUUCUAACCGACACGAAAUUGUUAAUAACAAGAGUCCUGGAGAUGUUCCAGGCAACGUAUUGCUGGUGACGAUAGAGGGUGUUGAAGCUGGAGAUGUCAGCAUAGAUGUCAUUCACUUGGUGUUCUCAGCGUUCGGAUUCGUACACAAGAUUGCUACUUUUGAAAAGGCUGCUGGUUUUCAGGCAUUAAUCCAGUACAGUGAUUCUGAAACAGCAUCUUCUGCUCGAGAGGCAUUGGAUGGAAGAAGUAUACCCAGGUACUUGCUUCCUGAACAUGUUAAUCAGUGCCACCUCCGUAUUUCAUACUCUGCGCAUACAGAUCUCAACAUCAAGUUUCAAUCCAACCGGAGCAGGGACUAUACCAAUCCCUCUCUUCCUGUAAACCCUACAGCAAUGGAGGGAUUUGUUCAGCCUGUCGUAGGACCCGAUGGCAAGAAAAAGGAGCCUGAGAGUAAUGUUCUGCUUGCAUCAAUUGAAAACGCUCAAUAUGCUGUAACUGUUGAUGCUCUUCAAAUGGUGUUUUCAGCAUACGGUACAGUGCAAAAAAUCGCUAUUUUUGAGAAGAAUGGUGGAACACAAGCUUUAAUUCAGUAUCCUGAUAUUGCCACAGCAGCUGUAGCUAAGGAGUCUUUAGAAGGUCACUGCAUAUAUGAUGGUGGUUAUUGUAAGCUUCAUCUUACAUUCUCUCGUCAUACUGAUCUCAAUGUAAAGGUAUCAUGGUUAUUUAAAUUAGAGCUCAUAGAUUAACGAAUGAGAUGAAUUGAAUACAAAGGCUUCCCCAUAACUUAACAAUGGGUUCGGUGUCGAAGGAGUAGAGACAUGUUUCUAGGUGUAUACUCCUUUGCGCUUACCUUUUCGUUUUGUUUUGUGGGUAAAAUUCUUUUCUCAGAUUUGGAUUAUUGUGUAUUCUUUUCAGGCAUACAGUGACAAGAGUCGAGAUUAUACAAUUCCAGAGUCAGCAUUAUUUGGGAUGCAGCAAACUUCUGGCUUUCUGAGUACGGCCACGAGUUGGCAGAAUUCUCAAGCUGCUCCACCGCCGCCGCCACCACCAGGGAGUGGUUUUGUAGCCGGGCCCCCUGUACAGGCCCAGCCGUCUAACGCGCCAGUGUCUUCUUGGGAUCCGAACGUACAGCCAGGACGGCAAAGCUUUAUUUCAGUACCCAGCACAUUUCCUGGCCAACUUUAUGCUCCAGCAGCCCCUGGUUACUCACCUCAGACAAUACCAAGCGCUCCAAAUGCUCCACCAAUGAGAGUGACUCAGCCUAUGCAUCAACCAAAUCUGCAGCCCGGAGGUUAUCCUUAUUAUAGUCGUUAAAUUGUACCACUUCCUGGUGGAGAAAUUGUGGUUUGCGCAUUGCUUUCUCUUGAACAGAGGGCGAGUCCUUGUUUCUCUACACGUAUUCAGCAUAUAUUUCCUUAUAACAAAAUAUGAUUUCGGCUGUAUGAUAUGCUCUUUUUUUUUAAUCCAUAACUACUGAGAAGUACUAACUUUGGCUGUAAAUCUCAGGUAAGUAAUCAUAUUUUGAUGGUAAAUUGUUAAAUUUUG